AUGGAAAAUUCAAACCACCCAACUGGACAGUCCGCUAUGCCACUCGCCAACCAGAAUCUAUCAAUCCAGUUUGGAAUACUAGACGAGUGGAUAGGGGUAACAGACCCCAAAAAGAGAAGGAUAAUCCAAAAUAGACUUAAUCAGCGACUCUCAAGGGAACGUAGGCGAGCAACAACGAAGAAGACAGGUCGUUCCAAGCCCCGAGGCACUUGGCCGCCUACAGCAAUAGGGUCCACCAGUAAGAUCAACUUUGCACAGUUAGACGAAUGUCUUAUUUUCGGUCCAACUUCCGAGAAAGCAAGGCAAAUAAUGCAGACUCUGGAAGCUAUGAUCCACACAGAGUUUGCGCUGGGCUCACCGAACGCGGACAUGCUUCUUGGAGUGACUCGGCUAAAUAUCUUGCGAGCCCUAAACACCAACACUGAUGUUCUCGGAUACGAUAGCGUUAAGCUGAUGAACGACGACGCUCAAUCCCCGUUCAACAUGGUAGGCCCUAUGGCUGCAGAUAGCGAAGGAACGCUAUUACCACUGGCGUUGCGACCAACGCAGAUUCAGCGCACCGUGCCACAUCAUCCUUGGCUUGACCUGUUCCCAAUUCCGCGAAUGCGAGAUAUUAUGAUAUUGGCAGGCGAUUCAUAUGACGAUGUGCGGUUAUGUCACGAUAUGCUGGGUGACCGAUAUUCCCGUAUCGAUCUCGAAGGCAAGGCUGGCCUGAUAGUGUGGAAAGAUCCCUGGGAUCCAACUGGCUGGGAAGUCACACCAACAUACAUGAAAUUUUGGGGGUGGACAGUGGAGGGCUGUUGGGAUCUUUUCAGUUCAACCAAUGCAUGGCGAGCCAAACGUGGAGAAAAGGCUUUAUUUAAAUUGCCCGAGGAAGGUGGCGAGUAUAGUUAA